AUGCUUUCUCUCCCCUCCCCCUCCCCGCAAGCCUACCUGAAUGCCGCCGUCCUAUGCCUCGGAGCUGCAGCUACCUGCGAACCAAUGUUCCCCCACCUCCAAACACGCCAAACACACACGCGCGUGCUCUUUGGGCCCACCACGACUCGUGCUGCUGCCCUCGCGACUGAGAGACUACGACUGCAACUGUACCGUGCUGGCAAGGAGAAGAGCAUCUGCAAGGCUUGCAAAUGGCCUGACCAACCCUCGAAACACCAUGUACAGCCGUCCUGUCCUGUUACACUCGCCCUGCCUCUCCGUUCCACCGCCCUAAACUUACCGACGGUCUGGCUGUGCAUCAUUCAGACUUGA